UGGCGGCCGAGAAGGAGGCUACGCAAUUUCUUUGAGAACAUUUCAUCACUGGAACCUCACUCUGAACGGUUUUCCACCUGACAUUCAGUAUAUAUUGUUUAGAAAGGUCCAGUUGAUAGUUUGCACCUAAUUUGGGAUGCAGUGUAAUCGCCGAUUGGGCGUGGAAAGUGACAAAAGUCAAAAGGUUCCUUAAUGCCGCCAUAAGUCCCAAGUGUGCAGUCAGCAAGUUUGUGGUACCAUCAUGGCUUCCAGUGAAAUAGCAGGCCAGGCUGUUCCAGCUCCCGUGAUUGGCCACGGAGACACAGGCGAGGAUCAGGGAAUUGAAGCAGUCAGUCAUCCAGAACUUGAAAGACAGAACUCCCAGAACUCCUCUGGAGGUUUUUCUUCCCCGGGGUCACCUGACCCUGUGCAUGAUUUGCCAAUGGAGUUGUUGCAGGCUGGCUGGCGUAAAUUCUGGAGUAAGCGGGAGAACCGUCCAUAUUACUUCAACAAACUUACCAACCAAUCACUCUGGGAGAUGCCUCCACUUCCUUCACAGCAAUUACCUGACCUGAGUGACCCUCUUGGGAUCAACAGCCCUGGUGGGGUAGGCGGAGGGGGCGUCGCUCCUGCUCCAGCUCCAGCUCCAGCUCCAGCUCCAGCUCCAGCUCCUAUCCCUGCCAACACUGACACCCGAAUGAGCCGCCCCAGCAUAGAAAUACCACCUGCUGCAGUUGGAGAGAAGAGGAGGGCGAGCUCCGACUUUGGGAUGGGAAGCCCGGCCAAGAGAGCAGCUUUCAACUAUAGUCCAUUCUGGAAUUUUGAUGUCCCCACAAAUGUCUUCUUUCAUGAACGCCCUCCAUCCAUCUCCCCACCCCCUUUGCCUGAGUUAGAGAUCCUCCGACAUCAAAAUGUUGUCAAGUUGCGGCGUGUCUAUCAGGAACUUUGUCAUGCCAGAGAAGGUAUUGAUGCACCAGUUGAAUCUUUCAACCGCUGGUUACUUGAGAGGAAAGUUGUUGACACAGGAAUUGAUUCAAUGUUGCCGUCCAAAUGUACGCCAGAGAUCUCCCAGUCAAUGUACCGAGAGAUCAUGAAUGAUAUUCCUGUGAAGUUGAUCAAACCCAAGUAUACUGGAGAUGCUCGCAAACAGUUGUUCAAGUAUGCGGAGGCUGCCAAGGUGAUGAUCGAGUCAAGAGGCACCAUAUCAGAAAGCCGGAAGAUCGUCAAGUGGAAUGUGGAAGACACGUUCGGCUGGUUGAGGAAACAGCAGAAUGCCUCCUAUGAGGAUUUCUUGGAACGCCUGGCUCACCUGAAGCGGCAGUGCCAGCCCCAUCUGACGGAAGCAGCCAAAAGUUCUGUGGAGGGCAUCUGUAGCAAGAUCUACAACAUGUCCUGUGAGUUUGUGAAGAAGAUACAUGAAAAGCACUGGGAGGUGCUGAAGGAGCAUAAUAUACAAGAAAAAGAUCCUUUCCCUGAACUGCCUGUCCCACGGAAGGUCCCCUGCUACUCUGUGCAAAUGGCAAUUCCAUCACCACGGAUACAGCCGAUUGAGCAUCAAACUGAAAAUGAGAUGACAUUUAUCCGAUAUAAAGGAGAAACUAUGAAUUUGAACAGCUCACAUUUUCACAAACUGGAGCAGCUGUACAAGUUGAACUGCCGGGAUGACAUACGGUUUGAUAACUUCCUGGGCCGUGUUUGGUGUUUGAUAAAGAGAUACCAGACAUGUUUCGGCCUGCAUUCUCAAGAGGGGGCUUGUCUCCAGGGGGCGCUGCCUGUGUCUGUGUUUGAGUGUUUGCAUCGCGUGUUUGGGGUCACAUUUGAGUGUUUUGCCUCACCUUUGAACUGUUAUUUUCGCCAGUAUUGCUCAGCAUUUUACGAUACGGAUGGCUAUUUUGGGUCAAGAGGCCCAGUGUUGAAUUUUUACCCACUGAGUGGUUCAUUUGAGGCGAAUCCACCGUUCAGUGAAGAACUGAUGGAAGCCAUGGUGGAUCAUUUUGAGAAUCUCCUGAUGGAAUCUCACGAGCCUCUGUCUUUCAUCAUUUUCAUCCCCGAAUGGAGAGACCCCCCAACAGAGGCCCUCAUGAGGCUAGAGUCUAGCAGAUUCAAGAGGCGUCAGAUUACAUUUCCUGCAUUUGAGCAUCAGUACAGAGAUGGAUUUCAGCAUGUUUGUCCAAAGCAAGAUAUGAACUACAAGUCAGCCCAUGGAACAUUAGUAAUAUUCUUGCAAAAUGAGGCUGGAUUUGCCAAGUGGGGUCCAACACCCGAGAGAAUCAAGGAGCUCAUGCUGUCAUCGAAGCCAAGGGACACUGCAUGAGAUUGUGGACCUGUGACACUUGUCAGUGCCAGUGUUUCCCUUGACCAGUAACGUGACGCACAGAUGGAGUAAAUAGGAGAUUCAGAGUACUCCAUCUUUGCUGGACCUGCGAACACUUCACACAGAGAAACAUGCUUGUGUGUAGCGUGUCCCAUGUUCUUGCAGGAGGUGUAUAUAUUACUUCAUGAAGAGGGUCAUCUUGGCUUCGCCUUGAAUUCAAGUAUUUUAAAUUCAUUUGUAAUUUCAUCUGUUCAUCAGGUCAUUGUAAAUACCAAGCAUGUUGCCUGUAUGUUCAUAAGUCAUCCCUUUUAAAAUAUCAUUCAAAAUCAACCACAACUACAUGUAUUUGUUAAUGUUCACUUGUUUUUGGAAUACACUGUACUUGUUAGGAAAUGUUUUAGUUGUUGCAGCUUUUGAGUUUAAGAGAGAAUAUGUUUAUUUUUUGGUAAUCAUCUUAACAUGUCGUGUAGAUUCAUGUGUGCUGGGUUGUCCUUUGUGAUGCAUUAUGAUCUGAUUUUAAUGAUGUAAAUUUUAUGUGGUCAAAGUGCAAUAUUGCUAUUUAGAAGUGUAGCAUUCAUCCAUUUGCGUUUUAGAUAAAUAUAAAUAAUAUAAUGACUCAGAAUAUCAAGACAAGAGCAGACAUCAUUUUCGCAUAUUUUGUUCAUAAUGUCAUUUUUAAGCAAAAUAUAUUUGCAUGGAUGAAGUUAGAUUUAUUUUUAAUGUAAUUUUAAUAUUUUAGUACUCCUUGAGUGCAGCCAACUGAAAUACCUGACAAGGAUAGAGAGUGUGUUUUGUUUCUAGGUUUACUAGAUAUUUUGUAAUUUCACAUAUUGUAAGAAUGGACACAAUGCUGCUUGCUAGUCCUUGCAUAGACUGCUGAUUAUAAUGGUGUAUUUCACUGAAGCAACAUCUUGCCUGGCAAUGGAUAGCCUAGUGGUUAAUGCAUUUGCUCGUCACUGAAGAUCAAGUAUGAUUCCCCACAUGUGUGGAGUCCAUUUCUGGUGCCCCUGCCAUUGUAUUGCUGGAAUAUUGCUGAAAGCAUCAUUAUACCCCACCACUCACUCCUCCUCCACUCACGAUGAAUGGUACAUACAAUAACAUGUGUAUCUCACCACCAUGGCCCAGCUGGUCCAACUGGCUGUACAGAGUCGUGUCCCUUUGUUGACUUGACCUUGUGAAUAUCUAGCUUAUCACAAUUAUGAUCAACCGGACUAGUAGCUCACCCUCCCUCAUCCUGUGCUCAGCACGUUUGUCUGAUAGCAGUGAUAAGUAGAGUGAUUUAUAGAAUUAUAAAAUAAUUGCUCCUGAACUGACUGCUGUGCGAAUAAGGCAAGUGAUAGGCUCUUUUUAACUGGUUAAAUGACAGUCUGUGAGUUGCUGUGGGUUGGCAAGCACUGUCCAUUCCAUGUGAAAGUAAGCUGGAACUAGAGUUUAGCUUUGCCCUUCACUAGGUUAAGUAUUUAUUAUGUCUAUUUUGAAAAUCACUUUGUGGUGUACAUGUUUGCUUAGGUCUCCCAAACAUCAUUUGAUCGUUAGGUUGAUAACGUACUACUUCAUUCAGGAUAGGGAUAUUCAGAUGUGUCAUUGUUUUAAACAUACACUGGACUUAUUGACAGCAUCAGUUUUGUGUAUCAAUGAAAGAUAAGGAGAUCCUUAUCAAAAGUGGAGUCAUAUAGUACAGUGCUUAAAUAAAGCAUGAAAGUCAACGGGUCAUUUAUUGCCCUUGUAAAAGUUAAGGAUUUAGGGUCCCAAGAUUCAAAUACUAGAGCAGACCUCAAUGAUCCCACUGCCCCGUUCUACAAGACAAUCGUAGCACCACAACUGUCGUAAGUCUUGUGUUAAAGUGAAGGAGUUAUGAUCGUCUUAGUGGUACGAUCGCUAUGUGGAAAGGAUCCCAGGACACGUCUUUGCACACUGAAGCGUGUUAAUGGUGAUCUCUGGCAUAAUGAGGUUAUGGAAGACCGAGUGACCUAUGUCAUCACAACUUGCUGUGCAGAGUUGCACCCCUUUGUUGACAGGAUCCAGUGUUAAUGGGAUGAGAUUCCACAUGAUCCUUGGUGUGUGUGGUGCCUGUGGUCACGGGUUGCACAAUUCUAGUGUCUGACAUGCACUGGCUCUUCCUUCCUUUAAGUUGUACCCAGGAUCUAACUGAAAAACUGAUGGAAGUCAUGUUCAGUCCACUCAGUCAGUCAGUCAGUCACUCACUCACUCAUAAUAAUCCUACAGUAUCCGCAGUGUAGAACCCUGCACACACAAUGUAAAUAGAAUGGACCCUCCUGUAUUUAUGUUACAGUUUGAAGCUGGUUCCUCUGUUGUACAGACCAGGGAACUCUUCCAGUAUAUAUAUGAUGGAAUGUUAUUUAUUUAUGCAGUACAACCCCACGGAUGUAGAGCGUGGGUAGCAGAUAGUAGAGUGUUUUAGCUGGUAGUGUCUGGUAAUAUAUAUAGCGUACCGAGUACAUUACGCUGAUACUACUGUAAUGAUGUCUAUAGAAUGUCAGUGAAUGUCAUUUGACAGCCCAAAUCUACUGCUUUAGUGGUUUCUGUUGCUGUUGGCAGUGGAUUUCAUAGUGUAGAUGUAGGUGAGAUUGCAAUAGUCAGUAUUUGUGUACUUCUGUCAAUAUUCUAUGAAAAGACAAUAGGUGCCCCAGCGACACAUGUUGAACCAUGUAUCCGUGUUUCCUUUGCUAACUCCCCAUACAUUGGUUAAUUAUUUUUGUAUUUAUCAUUUGAAGAUCAUGAAGUUUACCAGGCGUUCUUGAGCUUCCCAUAGCAGAACUAUUCUCUCUGUUUAUGUGACACAUGGACCUUGUGAACAUUGUCAUGCUACUAAUUGCUUCCUUAAUCUUAAGACAUGCUAUGGGUGGAUGUGGUAUUCCCUUUCCCACUGCAUUGCAAUUUAAAUUCUUUCAGUCGAUUUGACCUCAUUCCAGUAGCUAAAAUAAUUCCUCUUUUUUAUGACUUUUGAAAAGAGGUUCAAAACAUUUUCUCAUGUUCAUACUGAGAAAUUGGCUGUCGAGUUUACAUCCCAAGGAAUGUCAAAACAUAUUGACAAGAAAAGUGGUUGACUGUAUGGAGUCCAAUUUGACUUUCGGUUUUACAUAUUCGACUACCGGGGUAUGCUUGUCGUAAGAGGAUACAUGUCAUCUAUCCCAAUUGCGUGGAUCAGUGCUCAUGAUAUUAAUCACUGGAUUGUCUGGUCCAGACUCGAUUAUUUACAGACCGCCGUCAUAUAUCUGGAAUAUUGCUGAAUGUUGCAUUAAACAACAAACAAACAAACAAACUUUACAUAUUUCAUGGUCCACUAUGCCAAGAAAAGACAGGAUUAAGGGAAGAGAGGUCAGUUUUAAGGAAUGUAGUUUGUUUUGAAUUUAAGAGAUACUUCAAUUCAUUUGCCAACAUGCCUUGACCUUAGCAGUAGCCUCAAACCUGCCGAUUUUGUUUCAUGCUGUUAACAUUUAUAAGGAUAACAUUUAUCUUUUUGAUAAUGUAUGUAUGAAAUGGAUUGUUAAGUAUUUCCAACUGCAAGGUAGAGGGGUAGGAGAUGAGAUCAUGUGUCACUGUAAAAGUGCAAUGUAUGGAUGACAACUGGCUUUUGUUAACCUGAUAAAUUAUUAAUCUAUUUUGUUUCUCAUUUGUAAAUAUUCCUUGUGUAAGAUAGAUCACUGCACUCUCUGUCCCACCAGCAGAGGGACAGAUUCACUUUGUUCAUAUGUUAUUCAUGUUAUUCAUGGCAUGGACUGACAAACCCAACUCACAAGACCAGAAGGAGUUGAUUAAGAGAUUUUCAUACCAACUUGGAAGACAGCAGCAUGAAUUUUAAGAAAAAUGAAAAAUAAUACAUUAUGCUGCCAUCAUCAAUUUUGAAUAAACUGUAUGAAAUGAAAAUAAUGAUUUCCGUGUCCGUGAUGAAAUGUAGUCAUGUUGACUUCAGUAGGACGCUGUUGAUGUGGUUGUAAUUGUAGAGUGUGAUGAAAUUAGAGUCGUUAAUGUACAUAGUGUCUGUUUCAUGUUUGUUACCAUACUGGGUUACGCUUUGUACAGUGUGAGAGGUUUAUUGAUAUGUUAUCGACGUAUGUCACUCAUCCUCCCCUCUGUGCUGAUAUCAUUGUCACAACGUUCUGGAAGGGCAGCAUAUAUAGAUUAUGUAUGUAUUUGUUAGUGUUUGUUCUGGUUAAGUCAUGUUACGCUCUGAAACCUUUCCCACUGUGUACCAAAUUAUAUGGAAUGUAGGCCACACUUUUUGGAUUUUAUGUUUCACGGAUUUAUUCCAGCUUUUCCACACAAGGUCGGUCGAAAUAAAAAUAAAUGUAAAUAGCUAUGUCAAUCAUUUAUUUAUUUAUUUAUAAAGUCAUUCUUCUGUGGAUUUCAAACUGCAGGUGACUUCUUGAAUCACUGAUAGUGAUGUAGACAUGGAAUUUAUUUAUAACAUUUUUUAUUGUCUAAGAGGGACUAUGUUACUUGCCGGAGACAGAUUAAAAAUAAAUACUUGUUUCUUUCAAUUCUUUUUCAGCUUCAUUUCAGUAGGGGAGGUGGGGCCGUGAAACAAAAAUUACAAUUGUGUGGCCUUAUUAUUUUAACUAAAUUUACUUUUGAACAGAGAAGUCUGACGCUUUAGUGUUUGAAUUUACUGUGUGUCCUUGAGAUUUACAGCGUGUAUCAGAGAUCCUCUGCCUCAUCAAGGAAGACAUCAGGACCAUCAACCUUCCAUUUUCGUUCUUAAUUUUAAACACAGGCUUAAAAAAUCUUGUAUUCUUAUGAUGGUUACAGCACUAGGCCUACAUGUGCAAGGCGAUCUUAGCACUGAGUUUGGUUUUAGUCUACACAAUGUUUGGAAGUAGUUGUCUCAGCUAUAGAACAGCAUUGUAACGUAACGUUUCCGAGACGUUGAGGUUCUUGCUCCUAAAAGUGAUAGGAGUCGUGCAACUUUGACGGCUCUGUUGUAUAGUUAACAUCAUCUUAGUGCUAAGAUGGCUUUGAGGAACAGGGCUCUGAUAUGAAUGUUCUUAAUGAUAUUUUACAUUUUUAAUGAUAUUUACAUACAGAUUUCACUGUUGAAUUCUCCUUCUAUUAUGAAGAAUAUGUGAAGAGUAUCUUUUAUGGAACCAUGCCUUCUGUGCUGAUCAACCUUUAGAAGUAGGGUUUUGUGGGUUCCGUACAUUGAGAAAUAUUGGCGGAAGUCAUUUAAGGUUAACACUACUCAUUUCAGUGUACUACACUAAUGAUUUGAUUAUUUCCUGUGGCACAGAUCUCCUGUUUAUCCAGGAUCCCUCCUAAACAGAGAGGGAAGCAUCUACACGUUGAAUUUUAUGCAAAUAAGGCUUUGCUGAGAAUAUAUGACCACUACUUUGAUGAUUAGCUUCAGAGUGGAUCUGAUUUGUGUCAUUAGUUGAAAUUCUUGGAACAGGAAUACCCUCAAUGGUAUUUUGACACUAGUGGAUAAGACCUGACAGAAAGGCUACAUGGCAACAACAAAUCUAUUUGUUCUUCAGUAGGAAAAUUAUAUUUUUGGUUUUGGUAUCAAUCAUAAACCCUAGAACAGGGCCAUUUGUUUACAUACCAUUGCUUGGUACCCGUUGAUGUCAAAUAUACUACUCAAAAGAAGUUAAAGAGCGCACAAUUAUUUUAUAUUGCUAUGGUUAAUCUGUCAUGGGGGGGCACGAGUGGCCCAGUCGUCUAAGGCGCCACGAUUCG